UACAUUUUAAGCUUUCUGCUUCAUCUUAGGGUAGUGUCAUCCUAAGAGUUGAUCCAAGAGCACGACUACUGGUACCUGAGUACCUACGUAGGUACUGUGGUAGACUGGUACCUAGUAAAAACAAGAGACAGUACGCAGCCUGAGGUACAAGUGCCAGUAAUGCCGCGUUUCUUCUUGGGGUUUAGCCUUCUGCUGUUCAAAUUGCUGUCACACUUAGGCUCCUGACAAACGUCAUUUACGCCAAAACAUACCGGGGUUUGAUUUUUAUCUCAUCCUGAAAAUUGCACAGGGCUGCCUGUUCUUCAUUUGAUCACGGAGGACGCGACUUGCUUCCUCAGGGGGAUGCGCAUUGUUUUUUCCGUGGUCAUGAUGACAGCGCUUUUCCUGUCUCUUCUGUUGCAUGGCCGAAUGUGGUUCUUUGCUCUAGUAUUCGCUUCGCAGAGUUGGGCGUACACUUUACCCAAAUCCUUUGAUUGGGACCAGAUUGAGCCCACUCCGCAUCUGAAUUACACGAGCUGCUAUGACGGACUAGAAUGCUCUCGCCUACUUGUUCCCUUGGACUGGCAAAAUUCGACCACCGACAAGCAAGUCAUAUUGGCCGUCGCAAGGCUGGCAGCCAAGGUCGACUCUUCAGAUCCAAGUUUCGGCGGUACGAUCAUUGUCAAUCCGGGGGGUCCUGGCGAUUCGGGUGUGGACAAGCUGAGGUGGUCGGGAGCCGGCAUACAGGAAAUCGUGGAUGGAGAGAAACAUUUUGAGAUUCUCUCAUUCGAUCCAAGGGGGGUUCAUCACACUACUCCGGCGGCAGUCUGCUUCGAAGACGACGGUGACCGGAGCCAUUUCGAAACGGUGGAUGUCUCUGCUGGAAGCGCCACAGACUCGGCGUCUUCACUCAACACAAAAUGGGCACUCGCCGCAGGAUUAGGCAAGUUGUGCUCUUCCACGGGCGGGGGUUUCUGGCCAGAUGGAACAGACAUCAGACAAUAUGUCAGCACCUUGCAAGUAGCGUAUGACAUGCGUCAUCUGACCGAGGUGAUUGAAGAAGCGAGGAAUUCCUCAAGGUACGAGGUGGGCAUCGUCAGAGAGGCAUCACAGCAGAUUCUCAAGACAAAGCCCAAGCCGUUGCUCAACUACUGGGGUUUUUCGUAUGGAACAUACCUCGGCAAUACAUUCGCAAGCAUGUUCCCAGAUCGAAUCGGCCGCAUGAUACUGGACGGCGUUCUUGAUGCCUCAGACUACACAGCAACAAGCUGGCGAAAGAAUCUUCAAGACAACAAUAAGCUGUGGAUAUUCUUCCAUCAAUGGUGUUUUGAUGCCGGCCCAAGAUGUGCCUUGUACGACAAUACAACGAAAGAAUGGACACAGCUAGCAUCCAAAGUCAACAGCUUUCUGAACCACCUCCAAUCCAAUCCGCUCUCCAUUGUAUCCCGAAACCAAAUCCAACUCGUGCGCUAUUACGACAUCGAAAACUUGAUGCACAGAGCUUCUUAUGGCCCAUGGCAAGUCUGGCCUCGUUUAGCCCGAGGUCUUGCCGCACUCAUGGAAGGCGACAUGUCAACAUUUACAUCUCUGUUCGCAUUGGAUACUUGGACACCUCAUCCCGGCAUCCUUGCACCAUUUCCCCUUCUUGAUCCUUUCAACAACCAUUCUUCUCCCCACCCACCUCUGUAUCCCGCCGAGCUUGAAGCAUCUGUUGCCAUCAUGUGUGGCGACGGAGAGGACAUCACCUCCGGAUCCAAAACAGAGUAUCUCUCCUACGUCGACGAGCUUCUGGAACAGUCACAAUUGGUCGGCCCGGUCUGGGCGGAGGUCACACUCCGCUGCCGCAAUUGGCCCAAAUCUGCACGCCCGUCAGCAAAAAAUCGUUUCACAGGGCCCUUCGGCAGCAAAGCCCAUGAACGAGGAACUGGACAAGACGAUGGGACUGGGCUUAUGCUGUUCAUCGGCAACACAGCAGACCCAGUAACACCGGUGCGGAAUGCGAUCAAGAUGGCCGAAGCCCAUGAUGGAAAAGGGGUGGGCGUAUUGGUUCAGGAAACACCGGGACACUGCAGCGGUGUCAACAUACCGAGUCAGUGUACAUGGGGGGUUAUUAACAGGUUCUUCAAUAAGGCAGAGUUGCCAGAGAAGGGCAAGACGUGUGGGGUCGAUUGGAAGCCAUGGGAUAGGAUUUGAAGACCCACUUUGGAACGAUCCGAGUUGUGGGUCACAACCUACUUAGCAUGUUCUAUACAAACCUCAUCCAUCACUACUUUGAAAUUCGCCAUUCGGCAUCUGCUCCAAAA